CGCGAAGUAAACUUUUGUUGGACGGUCCCUUGGCCCGCUGGGGGCUGGAGAGGCAGAGCGCAGCCGCUCACUCCGGGUCAGUCAGUGCAACAACAUCGCUGUAUGAAUGACGGCGCACUUGACCGACGCAGGGAAACACUUCUCCGCUUCACACGAGCCCGUUAGAGCGCGUCGUUCUGUUUUAGAGCUGGAUUUACAACACCUCGCCUCACUUCACUGAACGGAUCGAGCCGAAGCCCUUCACAGCCGCCGGAGCGAAACAUGUCACCGUGAUGUUACUGCCUCCAUCUUCGCUGUGAUAAAAAACCAUGAAGAGAUGACCGGCUUGUAGAGCUGACAGUGAGCAGCAGAGGAGCUGACGGUAAAUGAGAGGCCGUCACCAUGCCCCCGGGGAAGUAUGGGAUGCAGGAGGAAUGGGAGACGGAGGGCGUCCAGGAGAUCGUGAUGGACUUCCUGCUGCCAACUGGGAUCUUCCUCAAAUUCCCUGUGUCUCGAAAUGACACCAUCCAAAACAUCAAAAGAAUGGUUUGGAAAAAUGCCAGAAGCGAGGCCCUGUUCAGUGCACUGGGUGAUCCCGACGCAUACGUCUUCACCUGCAUCAACCAGACAGCAGAGAGGGAGGAACUGGAAGAGGAAACGAGACGUAUAAGCGAUGUGCGACCCUUCAUGGGUGUUUUGAGGCUGGUGGCAAGGGAGGGCGACCGAGUGGAGAAACUCACCAACACCCAAAUCAGCCUGCUGAUUGGCAAAGGUCUGCAUGAAUUUGAGGCCCAGAAGAACCACGAGGUGAAUGAGUUUCGGACUAAGAUGCGCACAUUUUGUGAAGAGAAGGCUCAGGAGCGGCAGAUGUUGCCUUGGCAGCAAUGGAUGGAGUACAGCUUCCCAUGUGACCUGGAGCCAUGCUGCUCUCCACCGCAGUGUGGGAACACAAAGACAAAGAACAUCAAGAAGAUUUUCAUUAACGUCAAGUUCGAGGCUUGCGAUGAAAGCUUCAUGCUGCAGCAGGAUCCUCAGGACCACCCAGUGGUUCUGAUGAGGAGCGCCCUGAAGAAAAAGGCCACUGUCUUUCGUUCAGUGCGACAGGAACCUGAGGACUACACUUUACAGGUCAAUGGGAGGUGGGAGUUCAUCUAUGGGAAGCAUCCCUUGUGCCAGUUCAAAUACAUUUUCUCAUGUUUGAGAAAUGGCCAAAACCCAUAUCUUACUAUGGUCCACCACUCCACCAUCAGCAAGUAUCAGGAGGACCAGGGCAGAAUGUGCAGCCAGGUAUACAAGAGUCGCUCUUUGUCCAGACCACCUCCACUGCCCCUGAAGAAGCAGAACACCUCCUCUCUGUGGUCCAUCAAUGAGCCUUUCUACAUUCACCUGCUGCAGGGCAGCCGAGUCAAUGCAGAUGAAGGAAUGAAGCUCGUGGUGCAGGCUGGUCUGUUCCAUGGGAGCGAGCUCCUCUGUAAGGUGGUGACAAGCUCCGAGGUGACAGUAUGCUCUGAGCCGCUGUGGGAUCAAAGGCUGGAGUUUGACAUAAACGUGGCCGACCUCCCUCGCAUGAGCCGCCUGUGCUUCGCGCUCUAUGCUGUCAUUGAGAAAACCAAGAAACCCCGCGGCACCAAAAAGAAGAAUAAGAAAGCGGAUUGUCCCAUAGCCUGGGUGAACACCAUGGUGUUUGACUACAAAGACCAGUUGAAGACUGGGGAGUUCCUCUUGUCCACAUGGCCAUCUGUUCCCGAUGACAAAAGUGACCUGUUGAACCCGAUGGGAACAGUCGAGAAGAACCCAAAUGUGGACAGUGCUGCAGGGCUUCUCAUUCGUUUCCCCAACAUCCGACCACAUCCUCUUUAUUACCCUCCGCUCGACAAGAUAAGUGACAUAGAGAGGAACGGCGAUGCAUCGAUUUCCACUAAAGAAGAGUACAUGAAACUAAAAGAAAUCAUGGACAACAAAAACUACACAGAGUUUUUCGAGGACGAGAAGGAACUCUUGUGGAAGCUCCGUGCUGAAGUUCGCGACCGUUAUCCAGAAAGUCUGUCCAAGCUGCUCCUCAUCACCAAGUGGAAUAAGCGAGAGGACGUAGUUCAGAUGGUGAGUCUACUGAGGAACUGGCCGGACCUCCCUGCCAUCCAUGCCUUGGAACUCUUAGACUACAGUUUUCCUGACCCAGCGGUCCGUUCUUUCACUAUCAGAUGCCUCAGGAAGCUCAGUGAUGGUGAACUGCUACAGUAUUUAAUCCAGCUGGUCCAAGUCUUGAAGUACGAGUCCUACCUGGAUUGUGACCUCACCACUUUCCUGUUAGAGAGGGCUUUGUCCAAUAGGAGGAUAGGACACUUUCUGUUUUGGUAUCUGAGGUCAGAGAUUCACGUGGCUUCUGUGUCUUUGCGUUUUGGCCUCAUUCUGGAGGCCUACUGCAGGGGAAAUAUCCACCACAUCAAGCUCUUAACCAAACAGAACGAGGCUCUGGGCAAAAUGAAGGCCCUGAGCGACUUUGUCAAGGGCUCCCAGAAGAUGACAGCGGAUGAUCUGAAGCUGUGUAUCAGACAGGAGUCGUACCUGGAGGCCCUGUCAGACCUGCUGUCACCACUCAACCCCAGCAUCAUCCUCGCUGAGAUCUGUGCAGACAAGUGUCGAUUUAUGGACUCCAAGAUGAAGCCGCUGUGGUUGAUGUACAAGAAUCACUUUACUCAAGGAGACAUGGUGGGCAUCAUCUUCAAGAAUGGAGAUGAUCUUCGACAAGACAUGUUGACCCUCCAGAUGAUCCAGCUCAUGGAAACUUUAUGGAAGAAAGAAGGCCUUGAUCUCAGGAUGAUCCCUUACGGCUGCCUGUCCACUGGGAAUAAGAUGGGGCUCAUCGAGGUUGUGAAGAACUCUGACACCAUUGCCAAUAUCCAGCGCAACAGCAGUAACAGUGCUGCCACCGCUGCCUUCAACAAGGAUGCCCUGCUCAACUGGCUCAAAUCUAAGAAUCCUGAGGACAAACUUGAUCAAGCAAUAGAAGAGUUCACGCUGUCCUGUGCUGGCUACUGUGUAGCUACUUACGUCUUGGGCAUCGCAGAUCGUCACAAUGACAAUAUUAUGAUCAGGGAAACUGGACAGCUGUUCCACAUUGACUUUGGGCAUAUCCUGGGCAACUUCAAGCGGAAACUAGGGAUCAACAGGGAGCGUGUGCCUUUCAUCUUGACAUAUGACUUUGUCCAUGUGAUCCAGCAGGGACGGACAAACAACAGUGAGAAGUUUGAGAGGUUCAGGGAAUACUGUGAGCGGGCCUAUAAGAUCCUGUGUCGGAACGGGACGCUGUUCGUCAACCUCUUCGCUAUGAUGAAGGCAGCAGGACUGCCAGAGCUCACCUCCUUCAAAGACAUCCAGUAUCUAAAGGAUUCUUUAGCAUUGGGCAAGUCAGAGGAUGAGGCACUGAAGAAUUUCAAAGUAAAGUUUAACGAAGCUCUGCGAGAGAGCUGGAAGACCAAGGUCAACUGGAUGAUGCACUCCUUGGCCAAAGAUAACAGACCGUGAAGAACACUGAACGCCUGAGGACCAGCCAAAAAAAUAGUGGAUUUUAACUCAUGGAGAUAAAAGGGAAGAAAACACAAUUAAAUAUUUUACUUUAUUGAUAGCAUUCAAAGACACUCAGCAAAUGUUUACAUCUGACUGGCCUAACGACUAAGUGGAGGCAUAUAAAGACAAUGAGAUAAUCAUGAAGCAUCAUUUCAGCACACAGAUGUUUUCACAGUGAGGGGAACCGCCACACUUACUCUUUCUCCCAUCAAACAAUGGAAUGUCUUGGAGACAUAUCAAGACAGACAAUAAACAUGUGCUUUUGAUUUGUUGAAAUCGCUACUUGAAAACCACCUGCUUGUGUGAAAGGCAUCAUGAAUCACUGAAACAGAAGCAGAGACUGAAAGUUCACCUCACCGACUGCAUUACUCAGCAGGGAGCAAACGGUAAACAGUGAUAAUGAUUUGUGAUGACUUUAGAUGAUACCUUUCAGUCACAGAGUACAAUAACAGGGCGGCAGUUUCACCUCAAGUAUUUUGUAUGGUUUGACGGCUGUGUCAUUUCCUCUCAUUCCAACUGCCUCUUUGCAAUUGUGUCUUACUUUUUUAUUUUAUUGUAUUUUAUUUAAUUUGGUAACUUUGAAGUACUUGUACAAAAUCAUGAAGGAUAUUUUAAAAAAGAUGUUGUGUUUUACUGCUGUAUUACUUAUUGAUGUGUAAUAUUGCCUUGAAGUACAGUAUGUUGCCUUUGGAGUGCCAGUAGACAGGAAGCAUUGUAACAUUUACAAUUUAUUGUAAGAUGAGAAAAUAACUUUGAAUGGGACCUUUAUUUUUGAUAACAUACCUGUGUGCCAGGAUGUGUUACCCAGCAGACCCUCACUAAACAGCAACUACACAUUAAAGGAAUAGUUUGACAUUUUGGUAAAUAUGCUUAUUUGCUUUUUUGCUGAGAGUUAUAUGAGAAGUUACCACUCUUGUUUGUUACCACUGUUAUGUUUGUCUGUUAAAUGUGAAGCUAGAGCCAGCAGUCGCUUAGCUUAGUUUAGCUUAGCACAAAGACUGGAAACAGGUCAAAACUGCUCAACUGGGUCUGUCUGAAAGAAACAAAAUCUGCCCCCUAGCACUUCUAAAAAUGACGAUGUGUUAGUUUGCAAGCUUUAGAGGUUCUGGUGGGCAUAAUAGUGGACAUAAUAGUUUCUGCCUUUGCACAGAGCCAGUCUAUCUAUUUCCCCCUGAUUCUGGUAAUUAGGCUAAGCUAAGCUAACCGUCUCCUGGCUACAGCGAGUAGAAUAGAUUUUCUCAUCUAAUUCUUCUCAAGAGAAUUGUUCCCAAAAUUUCUAACUAUUCCAUCAGUGACAUGACUGCCAUUAGCAACUGGACAAAGAAAUGAUCUCAGGCGCAAGGCAAAGAUGUUAUAGAUGUUUUUGAAAAUAACAGACAAAAUGUUAAUUAUAUGCUUCAGUGCGACCCAAAUAAGACAAUCUGUGGACUUGUGUAAGCCAUUGACAUGUGGUUGUGUCUCUCAAAAUGUGGUACUAUACACAUGGCCCUUUUGAAAGUGUAAGUCUGGGCUAUGUGUACUUUCUCAUAUGAUGCAGUAUGUGUGCCUGUGUGUGUGUGUUUAUGAGUGUGUGCCUGUGUUAUUUUCUGAAGUUUAAGUUAUGCAUUGUAAUUUCCAUUGUGUUUUUUUUUUUUAACUAAUGUGCCAGAUGCCAUGAAAGAGAUUUCAUGCUUACAGUGUCAGACACCUCUGUACUUUGACAUAUCUAAUGCUGAGCAAAGUGGUGUUUUGUCUGGAUGAUUCAAUUUUAUGGUGUGUUCAGAUUACAUGCUGUAUAUCUUGCUGUCAGUCCCACAAGGACCAGCUGAAUGAAAGAGAAUGAUGUGCUGUUCAUAGCCUUUUUAUUUUGCAAGUUAAAAUGAUCUCUACUGUUUGUAUGAGUCUCUGUAUAAUGAUGACUUUUACAGAAGAGCAAGUGUAGCUGUAGAUUUCACAGCAUAAAAUAUCUUAAACUACAGAAAUAGUCACUGUAGAAUAGACAUUAAAUAUGGGUCAUCAAGGUCCCUUAGUGUGGGCUUAGCUAAACACCACUGCUUUAAGCCAAGAGGAGUGAGUCUACUCAGUUUAUGAGCUACUUUUGCUAAUUGUAAAUUAUACUGAUGUUGCCUUUUGAACUGAUUGUAAUUCAUGAAUUAUUUCAAAUGGUACAAAUCCUUUAGGGUUCAGGCCUAAUUUACAUGUGUGCAGCUAAAACAGACAAUUUGUCCUGUUAGCAUUGGUCUGAUCUUGACCCGUCCUUUAUUUGCAUCCUGUUUUCACCUUUGCUUCACUUGCUGUUGGGAGGGAAAGAUACACUCAAUAAACAGUUUGCAAUAGCAGAGCUCA